CCAAGAAAUCAACUCGGCGUUGCAAACCAAGUCUGUGUAUACCGGCGGGAUAUUGAAAACAAUUAGCGAAGGCUAGAAAGUUAUGUGUUUUUAUACGUUCUUCUAACAAAAUUCAGUGAAAUGAGCAGCCGUAAAAAUAGGCUGAGUCUAUCGAAGGAUCUCCACAAGGAUAAGGAUGCCAAAACACCGAUUUCACGACGCACUUCCGCACGGACAGCCAAGGGCAAACCGAGUCCGGACUUUCAAAGGAAUGACGAUAGUUAUGAAGUGUCUCCAUCGCAAGGAAGUGAAUAUUCGCCGUUAAUCUCGCUGACGCAGGACACUUCUUUUCACGCCAUAAACGGUGUGUCGUGGGAAUGGAACAGUCCGCAGCGACUUCGAGAACAGCAGCGAGUAAAGAUUGCCGCCACCGCUAGCAACAACCACCACCUACACCACCAAAACAAACUUCCACUCAGGCCAAAGUAUUCGGAUGUACCGGAUACGUUACCGAUGAGAAAACCAACCGGAUUUAACAAGUUCAUCUCAAAGCUAAAUCUGCUGAUGGAAAAAGAGAACGUAGUGGAGGAGAAGCUGAAUGAACCCAUAUCCGAUCCGGUUCCUGAAACCGAACCUCUUCCAGGUGAAUCAUGUUUUAUGGAGGAGUUUUUCGUUGAUAGCGAACCAAAGGGAAGCGUAAGAACCACUAAAAGUGAGGACAGUGAUGAUGAUAUCUUCCAAGAACACGUUAUUGAAUCUCCGGUUAAAACGGCCGUCUUCAAUACUACUGCUGCAGAGCUGGACGAUUCCAAGCUGGAUAACUUGCUGAUCGAAGCUAGCCAGACGAUAGAGGGAAACCUUCACAAACCAGCAGCUUCUCCACCGCACGCAUCAAUGCCAUCUCCACCUCAACCACAACCGGUUCCAAGUGUAAAAGAACCCGCAUCGAACGUCUCGCUUCCCAUCGAGAUGAACGAUUCGGAUAUGGAUGGGUUUCUGCUGCAGGCAUCUCUGAUGGUUGAAGAAAAGUUGAGUGAUAGUUCCCAGGAAUCUUCCUCAAAUAACAACGCUCAUCCAGCAACUGCGAGCCACCCGGCAAGCCACGCUCAAUUGCCCGCUCCGGUUGUGGAUAAACAGGACACAAAAUCUGCACCGUCUUCUUCCAGUGAAGGCACGAGGGAGAUAACGAUGUCACAGGACGAGCUGAAGGCACUGAUCGAAAAGAAGCGCCAGGAAGCGCUACGACGGUUACAAAACAAUCGCUUGAAACGGGGCAUGAAAGGCACCAACACUCAUGGAUGAACGUGAUCGAAAAGGAUUUUUUUUAAAUUUGUUAUAAACAAUUUACAAAGUAUUAUAAUAUCCAAUGCGUCCCGCACUCUAUAAAACGUGUACAUGGUCAUACAA